GUCGGUGAUGUCACUGGCCAGUAAUCCGAUGAGGACUUCAGGCCUGCGAUGGCGAACACCAGAUGACCCUCUCCAUCAAUGCAUAUGUUUUCGAGAGGAGUCUGCUUUCCUUGCCUCGACUGACUCAAGAGGGAUUCCUUCCACCUCACCCACGAGUAAUCCUCUUGAGUGCUCCCACUUUCCCACUGCUGCGAGAGUCCCACAUGCCCCACAUCUCCCACUUGGAUGCUGAAUGACUUCUUACUUCAGCCCUCUCGACCCCAGCUCUUUUCAACCUGGAUUUGACUCUGCUCCGAGUCAGAAAUCUCACCCUCAAAGUGGUCAACAUCCUUAUAUCUGGCAGAAUCGACCUUUUAGAAUCAGCGCGCGCCAUCGACAACAGCUUCAAUUCGCCUCGCAGAUCCGACAUUGGGAAACGAUCCCGACUCGCUGCCUGAUAUUCCAGGCCGCAAGAUGUCGCUGUCGAGCUCGACCAAGCACUCCAUUAACGGAGAAAGUGAAGAUGACCGUCCACAGGACUCCGACCUCACGCGAACCGAAUCCAUGCGCUCGGCCGCAGAUCACUGGAAUCCAAUCCACGAGCUCAUCUUUGUGUUGGUGGUAUGCAUGGCACAGUUCAUGACCCAAGCCGCGUUGGGAGUGUGUCUUGCACCGCUGGACAUCAUCGGCGAUGGACUCAACAUCACGCAGCCAGGCAUUCUGAGCUGGCUGAUUGCAGGCUACUCGCUCACCGUCGGCACUUUCAUUCUCUUCUUUGGCCGACUGGGCGAUCUCUUCGGGUACCGCCUCAUGUUCAUCAUCGGCUUCCUGUGGUUCGCGCUCUGGUCCAUGGUCGCCGGCGUGAGCGUCUACUCCAAUUAUAUCCUCUUCAUCUUCGCACGCACACUCCAAGGCCUGGGCCCUGCCAUGCUGCUUCCCAACGGCUUGGCCAUCCUCGGUGCUACUUACCGCCCUGGCAAGAAGAAGCAUAUGGUCUUCGCUCUUUUCGGUGCUAUGGCCCCCAACGGCUCCGUCAUCGGCGCUAUCUUCGCCGCCGUCUUCGCCCAACUCGCCUGGUGGCCGUGGAUCUGGUGGUCGAUGGCCAUCUGGUGCUUCGUGCUGGCUAUCCUGGGCAUCUACGCCAUCCCGCCCGAGCCCAGAGAUCCGCGCAUCGGCACCCUCUCCUUCCGCGCCCUCUGCGCCGAGAUGGACCUCAUCGGCGCAACCCUGGGCGUCACGGGUCUCGUCCUCAUCAACAUCGCCUGGAACCAAGCCCCUGUCGUCGGCUGGGAGCAGCCCUACGUAUACAUUCUGCUGAUCAUCGGCCUGUUGAUCAUUGCCGGCUUCUUCGUGUGGGAGAUCCGCUUCUCGAGUAAUCCGCUCAUCCCUUUCCACGCCCUGAAUGCGGACGUCUCGUUUAUUCUUGGUUGCAUCGCCUGCGGCUGGGCCAGUUUCGGCAUCUGGAUCUACUACUUUUGGCGGUUCUUAGAGGACAUCCGCGGAGUGCAUCCCAUCCUUGCGUCCGUGCAGUUCCUCCCGCCCACGGUUAUGGGGAUCAUCGCUGCGUUCUCGACAGGCCACCUGUUGAGUCGCCUGCACCCCGGGUGGAUCAUGGUCAUGGCCAUGGUGGCGUUCACUCUGGGCAAUGUGUUCUCAGCUAUUAUGCCCGUGCAUCAGACGUACUGGGCGCUCUCGUUCGUUACGCUCAUCGUCAUCCCCUUCGGGAUGGACAUGUCCUUCCCUGCUGCGACGGUUGUGCUGAGCGACGCCGUGGGCAGAGAGCACCAGGGCGUUGCGGCGUCACUGGUGUGCACGAUCGUGAAUUACAGUAUCUCGUUAGGUCUAGGAUUCGCGGGAACCGUCGAGGUGCAUGUCAACCACGGCGGGAAGACGUUCCAUGACACGUUGGUUGGGUACCGCGGCGCAUUUUAUAUGGGGAUCGGUUUAGGCGGGUUGGGCCUGUUGACGAGUAUAGUAUAUGUGCUUCACACCCUAAAGAAGGGGCGGCGCGGGGGAAAAGGGGUGGAAGAUGCUUAAUCUUUGUUUCAUUCCCU